GCACUAUCAUGGGACAACAGGAAUUUCAAGCCAUUGUGCUGGCUGCAGGAAAAGGUACCCGUCUGCCGGAAAUAUUGGAAGGUCGCCCUAAAUGUCUUCUCCCGAUCGGUCCGUAUCCGAUGAUUUGGUACCCUUUGCAGCUGCUCCAAAGACACGGCUUUACCGAGGUCAUAGUUAUCGUGCAAGAGUCGGAAAAGUCGGAAAUACAGCAACGUUUGGAACGGUUGCAGUUGAAGCUCAAGCUCGAUUACUAUUCCAUACCAACCGAUUCAGAAUGUGGAACCGCUGAUUCGCUGAGGCUGGUUUCGGAUAAGAUAAAAUGCGACGUCGUAGUGCUGUCGUGCGAUUCCAUCAUAGAAGUUAAUCUGUAUCAACUGCUUUCCAAGUUUCGGGAGCAAGAUGCGUCCAUACAGAUGCUGCUGAUGGAAGGCGGCAAAGAUCAGGACGUAGUAGUGCCAGGCCCGAAAUCGAAAUACAAAGCCGAAAAGGAUAUUAUUGGUUAUGACAAAACUACCAGCAAGGUUCUGUUUAUGGCUUCGGCAAGCGAUUUCGAAGAAACGGUCAAACUAUCGGGCCAUCUGUUGCGUGAAAAUCCGGAGAUGAACAUCUCGUCCUACCUGCUCGAUUCGCACGUAUAUAUCAUGAAGAAGUGGGUUGUGGAGUAUCUAGCGGUGACGGAGACGCUGUCUGCAGUGAAGGGUGAAUUGUUGCCCCAUAUCAUUAAGAAGCAAAUGCUCCAGCCACCCGCUGUACCGGACAACGAUGGAACGUCUGAAUAUACUGCGAAACCGAAAAUGGAUGAUAUUUUUCUGGUAAGCUUCCUAGCUCUGUUAACCCUAUUGUCAAUGAUCGCCUACCUGGGAAUAACUAUUUUUUUUUUCUUUUAGUUUGCUAUGUACACGGAAAUGGAUAAAAAGAUCGAUAAAGCUUCUAUCUUCAACAAGGAAAAGAAGGCUACUUCCCAUCCCAUUCGCUGUUAUGCGCUCUUUGCCGAUCCGAAUGCUUUCGGGUUAAGAGUAAAUAAUGUCCGAUCGUUUUUGCAAUGCAAUUUGAGCAUAUUUGAAAUCUUCCCGGCUUUAACGGGCUUUACAGAACGAGAGUUGGUGUCACAAAACAGCUCGAUUAAGUCUACGCAGAUAACAAAGUGCGCUGUCGGCGACAUGACAACGAUUAGUGAAAAAACCUCGCUUAAUCAGAAUGUAAUUGCGAACGGUUGCACCGUACAUCCGAAGACGCGUGUUAAUAACAGCGUACUUAUGGAUGGAGUUACAAUAGAAGAGAGUGUCGUUAUAGACAACUGCAUAGUCGGCGAAAAGGCGAUCAUUAAGAGUGGAUCCAAUUUGAAGAACUGCCUCAUUGGGCCUCAUUUUGUUGUAGCAAUCGACAGUAAGAAGGAGAGCGUCUAUCUUUCGAAUGCGGACGGUUUUAUGACGAUCGAUUAA